UUUUUACUUCUCGCAACUCUAUUAUGGAUAAACUUUAUACAGCGUAUCCGCUUGACCACAAAAAGGAGCACAUCCGGCUCAUCAACAUCGAUCUUGGCCCAUGGGAGGCUGAGCUUACGAGCACGUUCAGCGUCGUCAGCCUCAGGGAUAGCCCGGAUUUUGUCGCUCUCUCAUAUGUGUGGGGAGACAAUUCACUGUCAGAUCAUUCUGCGGUCAACAUUGAGGGUUGUCCAGUUCCUGUUACGCCGAACCUCUAUGCGGCGCUCCGUCGAUUGAGGUGGCACGCACACGAAGUAGGGCAGGGCAACUUGAUUGUCUGGGCCGAUGCUCUUUGCAUCUCGCAGAACGAUCGGAUAGAGAAACAACACCAAAUCCCGCUUAUGCGAAGGAUAUACUCUUGUUGCAGGAACACGGCCAUAUGGCUAGGCGAAUUGUCGAUCCGUGACAACAGCGCAUCGAUACCGUUGUCACCACACCCAUCCGAAAGCAUUGCAGUUACUGAUCGCCUGAUACAAGACCUUCAGCAUGACCAGCACCUUGACAAAAUCGAGCCGUUCGACAGAGAUGAGACUGACUCACUUUUCGUCGACGUUCGGCAAGUGUUUGAACGCUUGUCCUAUAGUACCUGGUUCUUGAGAAGAUGGGUGCUGCAGGAGGCCGUUCUAGCUGCGACGGUGAAAGUUUACUUUGGACCGGUCCUACAGGACUUAGACACCCUAUCACAAGCUAUGGAAAAUUAUGCGGAACAUAUCGAACAAGCUUGUUGUACAACUGCAAAGCCAGGCCAUUACAUCAUGCGUCAGCGCAUUCGCGGGUUUCUGCAAGAAUUUUCUUCCUUACAGGAUCUCCGGGACCGCAGGAGCGAAAGGGCACAUAUUCUUCACCUUUGUAGGGAAUUCUCAGGUCGACAGACCUCACUAGAAUUGGACUGUGUGUAUGCCUUACUGGGUCUCACGAACCCUCCAGCAACUAUUGUACCAGACUACACAGUCUCCAUAGACAGUCUUUGCACAGAGAUUUGUACAGACUACAUUGGAAAGGAACACUCUCUGGACUUUCUUCAUCUUGCCAGCUCUAGUAUCGGUCAGGCGCAGAUGCCGACUUGGGUCGUCGAUUGGACAGCUUUUGUUGAUUGCAAAGCGUCCAAAAGGGCAUGGAACUGGCUCGCAGAUCUCUUUCAUCCGACCGCGGGCCUCUCUCAAAAACCGCAUAUCCGCGACCAAUAUUUUCUCGAGAUCAUUGCAUGUCCGAUUGAUAGAGUUGAGGACACAGUCAAGCUCCCUAUGACCGGGAACAUUACCGAUGCUAUUCGAAAUUUCCUAGCUAUAUUACUUGAUGAGGUAUACAGCGACGUGGACUAUCCAACAGGGGGAACCUGGCUUAUGGCUUGGUUAAGAACACUCAGUGCUGAUAGCUGCUGGGGUGCCAACUCCGCACGUCGACUCUCUAAAGAAGACUGUGACUUUUAUUGGAGUUCAAUCUUCACGGGAUCUGGGUACGCUCCGGGGCAAAAAGUUCGCCUUGCAGGUGGGAGACUAGUGCUAGCUGAUGCUCAUCUAAACGACAUUAUUCGUAUGCUACGCCUCGUUCAAGAAGACAGACGUAUCUUCUAUACGAACAACGGGUACAUAGGUGUGGCAGAUGAUGACAUUGAGCCUGGGGACGUUGUUUUCCUUGUACCCGGGUGUUCUAUGCCUAUGGUCAUGAGGAGCAAAGACUCGGCAUUCUAUCUGCAAAUUGUUAGCGCGUGCUACCUACAUGGAUGGACGGAUGGAGAGAUUGCAAUCGCACCAAAGCGGUAUAGAGCCGUCUACAUAGAAUGAUCUUGUGGAAAGAAGAUAUAUGAUGCUACUGCAGAACUCUUCUAGAACUAACGGGUACGCAGUCAUGGA